GAGUGCUUUGGAGGACGAAAACCCGGUGACGACACUACUGGAGUAGAAUAAGGCAGUGGAGAUGAUGAUGAAAUACUCUGUGUGCAUGAAAAUAUUUGUACUCUUUGACGAUACAUUUGGAAAUGUCAAUGUCAACUGUCAUUGUCAAAUGAAAUGAAAUGUUUACUAAUAACAUAACCUAUAACGCAUAGUAUAUUUUCACGUGUGUUUUUCAUUUGAUUAAUCAUAACUGAAUACAAUGCCUAAGUUACAAAUUGACGAAGUUUUCACUAAAAACAGCAUACAUCCAAUGCUCAUAAACUUUCAAAAUGGAUACACGACUGGAAGUUUCAAGCCUUCAGAAUGUUUGAUAUUACAAGAUGAGAAUUUAAAAACGAGCAUCACUACACAAAUAAAUGAUUUCGUCUACACUGGAGAAGAGGAAAGAGAAGAUUUAAGUAAAACUAUAAUAAUUGCUAAGAAUAGAAACACUGGAAAAGUUAGGUUAAUAGAAAUAGGUACGGCGGAGUUAAAACCCGUGCUCAAAGUCGACUUAGACUCCACUCAGUUAUUGGAGACGAGUAAUUUAGAACUGAGUAGGAAAUUCGGUUCUAAAAAACAGAAGCAACAAGUCGAACAACGCGAGAAACUAAAGGUUAAUGUACAAAUUGUUAACGAACAAAUGCAAAACGUCACUCAAGAUGUAUCUAUUGACAACUUAGACCUUUCGUCAUACGAAAAUCCAGAUUCGGAUGAUUUCUACAUACCACCAAUUAACCGAGACGCACAAAAACCGGAACAAAUCUAUGAAUUAGAUAAAAUUUUAAGCGAUGAUGAUUUUGAAAAGAUAUACUCAGAACUGGAUGGUACAGAAUACAUUUCUGAUCUACCUCCAUGGGUAGCAAAUUUAAUGGCAUCUAAGAAGAAUCCAAAACACAUUGUAUUAGGAGUGUACGCUGGAAUUCUGCUUAAGUUAUACUCAAUGUUAGUUAAAGAUAUACCCAAAAAGACGUUUACAGUAUGUAAACAUUCACCAACCUUGAAUAAUAUGGUUUUAUCUAAUUUUUUGCUAAACAAUAAUGGUAAAAGAAGUAGACCAGCUCCAUACAAAGAUAAAUCAUUAUGUCAUGCUUUAAUAUUCCUACUUCUUAUUAAUAAUCUGUCAUUAGAUUUGGAUGUUUUAUCCCAAGGUAUAAAAUUGCAACCUAAAACUGUUACAACAAAAAUCCGAGUUACUGGUGCAUCAAUUAUCGCUUCUGGCAGUAAAAAACUUAUACAAUUAAAACUGCCGUUGAAAACGAAAACAGUUUUUAGACGAAAGAGUACAAAAUUUUAAUUUUUUCACAUACUCCCUAAGAAGGUUAUCAAAGUCUAUUUACGAACAUCUCCAUAAACAGAGUUUUGUUGCCAGUUUCUCCCAAAUUAGAAUAAAACAAGCACUUGACACUGGCCCAAUCUGCUGAGGAAGCGCCAUAAACAAGAAAAAGAAUAGAAUAAGUCUGUAUUUUAUAUGUAAAGAAAAAUCUCCUGCAGGUUGGAUGUAUAUUUUUAAUGUUUCCUGUACAUUGUAAAACUGCUGAAUACUGAAAACUUAAACACAUUGUAAGUUCUUACAAUCUAAACCGAUCUAUAUUAUACUAAUAUUAUAAACAGGGAAGAUUUUUAUUGUUAUAUGCAUUGAAAUAACUCAAAAACUACUGGGCCU